ACUAUUAGUUUACAGUAGUGUCUAUGGAGUCGAAUGGUACAAACCAAACAUUAUUUGCUGUCGGUCAAUAUCCAGGAAGAUGGGGAUUUUGGACACAGCAGAUUGUAACGCCAAUUAUAGUCGUUGUUGGAAUUGCUGGAAAUCUUGCGUCGUUUUUCCUAAUGAAGACAAAGUCGUUCCGAAAGAAAUCUUACAGUCACUUCCUAUGUGCUUUGGCAGUAUUCGACAGCCUCUGUUUGAUAAAUCGGCAAAUAACAUUAAUUCACGAAAUGAUGGUGGACAAUGAAAAAGAUGGCGUCUUUACGUAUUACAGCGACCUCUCGUGUCAACUAUUUAGUUUUUAUGAACACGUGUGUUAUCUCAUGUCAUCUUGGCUAAUUGUUGGAAUGGCGGCUGAGCGAGUUGUAGCCAUGUGUUUUCCUUUUAAGAAGACAUUGAUCAGAACUCAAACAGGGGCAAUAGUGACAAUAAUAUCAACAUUCGUGGUCAUGUGUUUUACCCAAAUAUUCCGUUUUAUCAUGAUGAAAAAUAUCGGGGGAGUUUGCCAAGGCGAUACGUAUAAACAUUCAGAGUACAUCAAACUUCAUAUUUAUUUUUACCAAUUAACACUGGUACUUUGCCUUCCGUUUUUACUGGUCCUCCUAUGUAAUACCUCAGUCAUGUAUCAGAUAUACCGCGUGCGAAAAGCAGCCGUCAAAUCAAGGUCACGCGUUGUAACGAGAUCUCACAAAUCAACGCUAAUGUUAUUAGCCAUCGCCUUCACAUACCUUAUAACCAUGUUACCGUUGGUGGUGAUAUCAUUUAUUUGGAUGGUUGCCAUGAAAAACGCAGAUGUAUCAAUGGUUUUCUCCCUUUAUCCUAUUCAACAGUUCGUGUCCGUUAUAUCCUAUUGUAACUAUGGUGUUAACUUUUUUAUUUAUAUUAUAUCAGGUCGAUCUUUCCGAUUGGAAUUAAGGCGCAUCUUCUUGAAGGAACAACUUCAAAACACGUCAGCUACAAGAACCAGAGAAGAAUUUCUGCGAUUGCAAUGAGACUUGAAUUUAAAACACGUAUAGUAUUCGAUGUUUUUAAAUAAUUUGCAAUAAAAUUUCCACUAAAAAAUGUUGGGAACUGUGUCUGAUAGUUACCUUGAUGUAGGGGCCUCGGUUGCCGGAUGGUCUAAGUAGUUCAUCAACAGUUAAUACGAGGUUGUCAACUCUGAUGUUGUAAAUUCGAACCCCGCAUGUGGCGAAGUUUGUUUGAAUUAUAUCUUAACUGACAAGGAUUGCUAGUUUGGUUCUCUCUAUAUAGUCCUGUCUCCUUCACCAUUAAAUCUGGCAGUCAUAAUAAAUCCAAGUUCGCUUAUAGUGGCGUUCAACACCAACAAACAAACAGAUAAUUACAUUGAUGUAUCAUAUUCUCAAAACAAGGUUUACAAAUUCAUGUGCCAGUUCAAUCGUUAUUCGACUAAAGGAAGUAAUAUUUUAAUGAAGCCUAGUUGGUCAAGUGGUCGUCUUGGACCUAGUGCAGAUAUAACAUUGUUGGACUAAAAGACGAAGUAUACAUAUAAGUAUAUAUAAAUAAAAAUGUUAGCCCUGUGUAACCACGGGGUAUCCGAUGGAGUACGUCAGACGUAAAGUUGUUUCAUGUUUAGACGUAUAAAAAUAAAUAAAAAAAA